AGCCACUAGAGAAAAGGACAGAAGAGCAGCUACAGCAGAGAAGCUCUACGUACAUUGAAAGGUGCCCUGUGGCAGGGCCUAGAAUUCUAUACUAUAAUCUGGAGCGAGUAUAUAACUGGGUGACAAGAAUGGGCCUGGCCAGGAAGAGGCCACGAGAGGACAAGGAAGACAAUCAUGAUGCUCCUCAUUCAAAGAGGAAUAAGAAGGACCAGGCCUUCCAGGACUCUCGCGCUGUAGAGUCAUCAAGCAGUGGUAAUUCAAGGAGCCACAGCAGCACCAGUAACACCAAUACAGAACGUAUGUCAGACAACUGCUUAAACCAGAAUGUGCCUGAACGUAACUACAAUGUCCCUGAGUUUUCUCAGAAGUAUACAGUGUACGAAAAUCAAGGGUCUUACUCCCAUAUUAACCAGAUAUUGAAGGAGGCUCAUUUCUACAGCCUACAGCAGAGAGGACAACCUCCAAUAUGAUGACCUGGAUACUCCUCAUCAUUUGUUUAUAAAAAGUAAUGGCAUCCAUACAAAGAAGUCUUGGCUUUUGCAUGUAAUUUCAGUAAGAGGUCAAUGGGCGUUUGUACUCUUUCGCUUGUUUGCUCCACCACUCGAAUUCCAAGGUUCAUUCAUGAUACUUUGAUGUUUUCUGUCAAGUCUGGUGUCCAAUUCAUGUUAAGUAGUAACAGGAGGAAUUCUCCUGAUACUGAACAGCUUAUAUGUCCAAUUUGGGUUGGGUUCUAGGUCACUCUUUUAGAGUCUCCAUGUUAAAUGUGGUUUUAAAAUGUGACUCCUUUUUCUGAAAGGCUAAGUGGCCUGGGAAAGUGUGUGGUUUCAUUAAAGCAUUAAAGGAAAAAACCAUCAACAAACAAGCCAACA